GGCUAAUACAGCGCGCGCAAUGGAAUAAUCGUCCUGAUAUAAUAUAGUUCAGUUCCCCUAAGGUUUUGGAGUCCACACAGGUAAAUCAUUUUAUUCUCUCCUUCUUUUACAGACAGUGGCCAUGUAUCCCGUUGCAAGAGUCCGCCAAGCGGACGUGGUUCAAAACCUCGUCGCAACUCAACGUCACCACACAAAAAUGCUCGACCAAUGCGUUCAGCACCGCCACCACCACCACCUCGAUCUUUAUCACCAGCUACAAAAGGUAAGCAUAUUUCUGACGUAUGAAUUUAGGGACCGGUCAUAAAGUAACUGCUAGGAUGGGCUGAGUGAUUUGGGAUGGGUCAUGGGAAAUCUUUGGGCAGUUGCGAUGGGCCGCCAAUUUUUUUGUAUGUCCACGGUUGGGUCACCAAACAAAAACCCAUGCAUGUCUACUUCAAAAAAUAAAGAUAUUAAUAAUAAAAGUGAACAAAACUAUCCAAAUUAUCAAAUGCAAAUGAUGCUAUUGAAGCCAGUACCUUGUCUAUACAACAACAAGAAGUGGUCGAAUCACAGCAAAUACAACCAACUGGAGAGCAGCUCAGUAUCAAUGUGUUGGUCAAGCUUGGUGGAAUUAUGUAUGUCAAUACAGUGCCAUGUAUAUUUACAAUGUUCAUACCUGCAAUUUUUUUAUUAUAAAAGUGUAUUUUCCCAAUUUAGAUUGGGUGGGUCAUGAAAAUUUUUUUGUAAGAUUAGAUGGGCUUUGAAAUUUUUAUCUACAUCCUAAGAUGGGUCACCGAACUUAUUGGCAAAAUUUGUGAUUUACCUCCAGCCCACCCUAGCAGUUACUUUAUGACCAGUCCAUUAUAUCUUCUUCUUUAACUCCGCUUUAGUCCUAGAGUGAAACAUGCUCGACUUUGUCCUCCAUUCAAUUGUUUUUCCUCCCUUGUCAUGUCCACCGUCAAUAAUUUAGAUAUUGUUUUACACUGUCCAUCCAUCUUCCUCGGUCUCUCUCGUCUUCUGUUUAUACACAUGGGAUGGAUCUGAAACAAGUUAUAACAAGGUAUAACAGACUUUCUGCACGUUGUUUCCAACAAGGUUAAUGUUGUUCGUAACAAGUUGCUACGAGCUUGUUUACUUGCUAACUAACAACUUGUUACGUGCAGAUGAUAUGACCUGUUGGAACAAGUUGUCUGCGAGGCUGUUGGCCUCAUUAACCUUGUUACAAGAUGAUAACAACUUGUUCCAGACUUCGCAGCAACUGGGAACAAGCAGUCCGAACACAUCUUGUUAACAAGCUGUGGGAUGUUUACGUACAUGUAUUCUUUAUCAACUACUCAAUAUCUCUAACUGGCUGGCUCUCUUCCAUUACAUGUCCGUAAAAUAUCAAUCUUGCUUCUCUCACCUCCUUUGCAAUGUCCACCACCCUAAAUCUUCGGAUCUCUUUGUUCGUCAUCUUGUCUUCAGCGAAGCCGACAGGCUUGCUGGACGAUUUGCCGUUUUCCAUAAAUAGCAUUUAAUAUAGUAUAGUGAUCGCUCUUUUUGCUAUCUAACUUUCACUAACACACCGUACUUUUAUACUUUUUUCAGUCUCCUCUAAUAGGCCUGUUUCCGAGAUGUUUCCUCGAAACCACAACGCUAAAACAAACUCACCCAUAGCACUGAAACGUUCGCUCACUGUCUCACUUUUACAAUCGCCGUUCAGCCGACGUCCAGUAGAAUCUCUCAGUAAAGACAAGACUAGCAGUGAAAGUUCUGCUCAAAAUUCAAACACUCCUGCAACGGUUUCAUCUGGUGAACCAGUUGAUGAAAAGAACAAAGAAGAUACGACAAAGGCAUCAAAAACUGGUGCAUUUUUAAAAAAGGCACUUAGUAACUUAAAAAUACCAGGUACGAAAAAGGCGGCAAAGAAAGAACUUACUAUUAGUCCACCGACCGACUUCACAAGCCUGUAUCAGACUAGAUUAACUACUGACUACUCGAACCGUGAACAAAAAACUGUUUCAUUUCUCGCCACCGACGAUAAUUGUGGCGAAAUUGCUGAUUCCGAUGCCUCAGCGGUUAGGUGCGAACCUGCUACGGAAGAGGCCGAAUCCAAUAACGAUGAGUGCGAGCUGACAACGAAAGAUCCCGAGGAAUCAAUGGAGCAACUUAGUUUUCACCCGGAGUUCACAGAACUACCAAUAGUGGAUGCACACCAACAAGAUGAACAAUUUUAUUAUAAUUUUCCGAUUUCGAAAACUUUGGUUGAUGGCACGGAAAAAUUGUCGAUGCCAAAAAAACCUCCACGAAGUGGUUACUUGCAACCAUCUUUGUCGCAACUUACCAAGGAGCGAGAGGAAGAAAUUAGUCUGAAUAAGUUACCCGAACUUGGGCCCCUACCAACUCCGCCCGAAGGACCAUCCCGCCAGGAAACCCCGAACGCCUCCGCUAUCACGACCCCCGAGUCCGAUGCACCCACUUUCCCGACCACCGACAAAAAUAAGUCCGUUGUGAUCACACCUGAAGACCACAUCUACAGUGUAACAACUCCUGACUCCGAUGAUCAAAAUGAAAAUAAUGGGAAAGUUAACAAACCAUUAAGAAAACCCAAACCGGAGGUCCCACGUCGACCGAGUACCUUGAAAUUUAGACCAAAAGUUCCAAAUCGGCCUGUAUUCCAGGUAAGCACGUCAGUACAUUCAUUAUUUUAGUUACUGUACAUAUAUGUUGCUAUUUUUGUUGUCGUCGUUGCCAUUGUUGUCGUUGUUGUUGUUGUUGUUGUUGUUGUUGCUGUUGCUGUUCUCCUCUUGUAGCGGUUGUUUUGUUUAAUUGUCGUGUUAAAAACUGCAUUAUAAGUUUUGUUUGUAUUGUCAUUUCAGUUUAAUAAAUAAAUAUUGUUUUAUUAAUAACUCUUAGUUAGAUCUUAGUUACAACUCUUAGUUAGAUCUAAGAAAACUAUCCACAUAUUCAUACUAAAGCGUUAUUACCAAAAUUUAAAACCUUGCUUGUCGCGUAGUAUUAACUAUAAUUAAGCAACACUUUAUAUUUUACAAAUAUUAAUAAAGUAAACAUGUGAUGUGAUGCCGCUCAAGUCAUUGCGCGAUGGCAGCUCCUCUUCAGCGCAAAAAUGUUUAAACAGUGAGUUCAUAUAUCAGAGGUUCGUAGCGGAACAAACUAAGUUAAUCUCAAAUAAUUCACACUAAGUAAAGCAUUUUAAUUCAUGUUCUCUGUGAUUUAUAAACAGUUUUUUUUGUUUAGCCAAUCACAUCACUUCAUGUGACUGCUAAUUAUAUAACUAACCAAUCAUGUGCUUGGUACAAAUUUUGUACCAAAGGCAAAGGAAGUGCAUGGGUUCGCAUCGCGUACCACCAGAGGUUCGCCGUUCCUUGAUACAAAUUACGUAAUUUAUAAUACGGCGGUACAAGAACCUCUGGAACCAGGGUACUUGAUACUUUAAAAUCGAGCAACUUAAUAGCAAAUACCUUUGUUAGUCAUUGUUUGUUUACCAGCGUUCAAAAUAGCUCUGACACAUGUCAAAGUUCCAAAGCAGUGAACAAUCGAAGGCGCGAAUAUGUGGCAUUGUUAUCUGAAGAUUGCGUACUAUUCUGUUCUAAUUCUAUAUCACUGUGUUGAUUUUGUUUUUGAUUGGGUCCAAUUCGUAUAUGAAGUAUGUGUUGACGGCGAAUUUGUCGGAAUCUCAACCAAGAGCGAUGCUAUCAAAGGUAUACUCGGUUUUAGUUGCGCUUCUGGGACCAUUUGUAGUCUGUUUAUGGUUUUGUAUGUGUAUAGAAAUUACAUCAAAUUCCAUUGGAAAUGUAUUAAAACGUGUCGGUCUGCCAGGAACUCGAAAUCGGUCAAGUACCACCAAGUUGAACUUGAAGACGUUGUGAAUGUGAUUACUACAUGCCCGUCUAAGCGCAGUGAUGAUCAUGAAACUAAAACCACUGAUUGCGAUCGCCGUUUUGUCCUCACAGAACUGAUUAUUUCAAACAUUGAACUGUAUUUGAAAGAUGGCAUGCAAAGUGGACUACUCAUGUACAUGUAUGAGUCAUCUGGGACGCGACUUGGCUGGCAUAAUAUCAUCUUCGCAGCUUGCAGUAUUGCGGCUAAUUUUAAGCUGCUGAUUUGCUUUAUGACAAAGCUACUUGGCUGCGGAAGCGGUGAGAAAAUUGAUUGCGAGAGUCGGAAAUGUCGUGUCUGCGUGGUUGGUUGUUUUGGUUCGCUGGUAUUCGGAGCUCUAAGCAUAGUGUAUCUGGUUUUUGCCUUGUCCUGA